UACGUAUCACGCUCAAGUAAUGUGUCCUCCAUAACAAUACAAAGAGCAACGAUUGCACGGUGGCUACUUGAACGAAAACGGGGGGAAGCUUGCACAAAAACCGGCCGGGCUGUCGUUGGGGUCUCAACAUGCCACAAUUCAAAUGCUGAGUGUUGGGUCAGAAGAACCGUAUUUACCUCCUGAGCUGCGAUAGUUGACGACCACGCCCCGCAUCCCAGACCGGAGCCUGCACAAAAACUGCUGGCGGAGGCACAACGGUGCACGGGUUGAAACCCAGCAGGGCGGCUAGCUGGCUCAGAGCGGAGAGAGGAGAGGAAGGAGUGUGUUGCCUCUUUUUGGGAACCAUGAGAGAGUACAAAGUAGUGGUUCUCGGGUCCGGUGGGGUCGGUAAAUCCGCACUCACCGUCCAAUUCGUGACGGGGUCCUUCAUUGAAAAAUACGACCCCACGAUAGAGGAUUUCUACAGGAAGGAGAUAGAGGUGGACUCCUCUCCGUCCGUCCUGGAGAUUCUGGACACGGCUGGGACCGAGCAGUUCGCCUCCAUGCGAGACCUGUACAUCAAAAACGGGCAGGGGUUCAUCCUGGUUUACAGCCUGGUCAACCAGCAGAGCUUCCAGGACAUCAAGCCGAUGAGAGAUCAGAUCAUUCGGGUGAAACGGUACGAGAGGGUGCCGAUGAUUCUGGUUGGAAACAAAGUGGACCUGGAGGGGGAAAGGGAGGUCUCGUCCGGGGAGGGGAAGGCACUGGCGGACGACUGGAACUGCCCGUUCAUGGAAACUUCAGCCAAAAAUAAAACCUCGGUGGACGAACUGUUUGCAGAGAUAGUCCGACAGAUGAACUAUGCCUCAACACCAAAUGGCGACGAUCAGUGUUGUUCGUCUUGUGUCAUUCUUUAAAGAAAAAAAAGGACAGCCUAAAAAGUUUUAUUCUUUGCUCGGUUUUUAAGUUUGCAAUGUGUGUUGCAGCAAGUGUGUACUGUUGAGCUCUUCUUCGUGUGUCUCACCCUGGCCUUGGAGGAAAAUGAAGGGAGGAAUGCUGCAGGGGGAAGAGAGGAGGAGGAGGAGGAGGAAGGGAGCAACUGAGACAGAGGGAGGGGUCCACUCUUCAGGAAUUCUGCUGGGUUGGAGUAUCUUUGCUGCACGAUGUGUCCGCCGUUGAUGUCAACACAGUGUCAGAUCCAGAGUUUCAGCAACAACCCCCCCUCCCCCAAUCCCCACCAGUUCCAACUGUACUCACAACUGGAACUAAACCCCAAUGGAGAAGAUAUGGAGAGCAACACUUAUAGACACUCAUAAAUGGAUAUUUCUGUAUAAGAAGAAGACAGAGUAUAUUUUGUUAAAUAACUGCACAGUCUGGGGUGGGUAAAGUUUUGGGGAAUAUCUCUGCCUAACCCUUAUUGGAGCAAUGCUCCACAACACUCCAAAUCCUAUUUUUUUUCCAAAGUCAAAAGAAAUCAACACCACUUAUCUGCUGGUGGAGUAACGUGACGAGUGCCACUUUUCUCUUCAACUUCUUUUUGAGUGUGUGAGAGGACCUUAACUGAAGUGACAUGGGGACGGUGACCCGAUCGCCCUUGUGUUGAGUGCCUUUCCAAAACAAAUCAGCUGUUCAGAUAUAGUGCCAACCUACAUGUAUCACCAAAAGAACCUUUCAACAAGGCAAUCCACAAACUAGUGAAUUGUUCUUCUGGAUAAUCUCAUGGGGUGGAGGCUGAAAAAAAAAACUGCCAUUAGGCUUUUUGUUAAUGGAAUGGCGGUUUUCUGUAUGUUUUUACGUUGGCCGUUUCGAAGUCUAAAAGAUGUUCUAUUUGAAAUGUCUGCUUGGUCUGGCCAAACCUAUAUCUUGAAAUGCACAGGUACUGGAACCCCAUAGACAUGACGACAGCACCAAACGCUUACCUGCCAGACCACUGAAAUCAAAGGAAUUUUGUUUCUUCUUACUAUUUUUGUUGUUGUUUUUAGCAGGAAAUGUGAUGAUGUACCGUUGACAAAUCUAACCUGAUUGUAAGUUUAAUUUCAGACCAGCCCCUUAACCGUGGGCUGUCUGUUUGAAAAAA